GACUUAUUUAACGAAGAAGUUAUAUUUAAUGAUUUUCUUCCAUUGCCCCACGUCUCAAACCAUAUGCAUUUUCUAAUUUUAAAAAGUUAUCAAGAUGGACCAAGCAUUUCAAGUGUUACCGAAAGGGUUUGUGGUAAUGGAUCCACCACCCUUGAAGAAAGCAUCACCAGUGAAGAGUCUUCGUCCAGCGAGGUCUACGUGGUUCACAAUUAAACCUCCUACACCACCAACAGCACAGAAAGAUAGUACAGAGGAAGAUGAAAUACCCGUGCUAACACUUGCUCACUUCGCUCCAUCUCCAAGAAUCUGUUUUGAUGAAGUGAAUGUUGGAGCAGAAAAAGUUCGCAGACUUGUAUUAAAAAACCCUACUGAAAAUUUACAAGAGGUUGUAACUGAGAAGUUUCCUACUUCCAAGGGUUUUUCCUUGGAUUCAGAAGUCUUCUUUGUCGAAAGCGGGAAGGAAGUAGAAACUCGUAUCACUUGGAUACCACGAGAAAAAGGUAGUGUUCGAGAAGUUGUAAUUUUUAAGACCAGUAGUGGACACAAAGUUCAAGCCAUUUUUCUGGGAACGGCUGUUGUACCACAGCCGAAGAAGAAAGUAAAGGAGCCAGAGUUGACGUGUUCUGAAGAACUUAAUGAUGAAAAUGUCGAGAGUCCUGCCAAGAUAAGGGCUAUGGACCCAGUUGCCAGGAGGUUUGCAGAAAAGGAUGUUGAGUUUCCGUUACCUGGAACCCCUCUGAGAAGACAAACUUAUCUCUUAGACUCUCCUGGUUAUGCUUCUCCUCGACAGGUUUUAAAGGACCUCUCUCCAAAUCAGAACUUAGGGCCAAAGAUGCAAGUAAAAGAUAUCAGUGACCAAGGAUCUGAUUAUUUCUGUAGAAUAAAAUCUAAUAAUGCCUGUGGCUUAUCAAACAUUGAUGUUCACAAGAUGAGGAAUGGUAUUAGAAAUAAAAUAGCCAUGAGAAAAGGGAAGACACUAGAUUUAAGAAGAGCUACAUUCGUAAAGCAAAGACAUCACAGUUUGCAAGACAGUUUGAACCAAUCCCCAUCAAGUGGUGAAGAUAGCCCUCUAUUUGAUGAUUCCCUGAAUACUCCUCCUUCCCCUUUCACAAAGAGCGGGUUGGAGGACGAAAAGAGAAAAGCAACUGUCCCGUCUGUAGAACUCAAGUCAUCGUAUAGAGAAAUUAAAGAAUCCAGUGGUAUUUUCUUUCAAGGAAUAAAAUCUCAGUGUGGUGUCGCUGAACCUGAACCAACACAAGAGUGUAGUGCCAUUGAACCUGCUUUAAAUAAAGACCAAAGUGGUUCUGCAGUUAUAGUUAGUCCGAGUAUUCCAGAAGAAGAUGCAGGCCAUAAAUGUUACAAACUUUCUAUGGUUCUAGAAGAGAUAUCGAGUCAAUCUUUCAAUGCACAAAGUUUGCACCAACUAAACACUCUUCAAGUUAACAACCCAGCUACUAAUUCAUCUCUUGAAGAGAGAAGAAUAAGUUCAGAAACUGUGAUUAUUUCAUGUUCUGAGUCUGUUCCUUCUCCCAACUUGCCUGUUGUCAAAGGACCAUCUUUCACAGAGCAGAAUGUGAACUCUAACACUAGCAUGCUAUCAAAGUCUACUGAAACAGAGAGUUUUAACUCCUCAGACCAACUACGAAUUAACUCUGAGACUGUAAUUCUCACAGAACCCGCUCUUUCUCCAAGAGUUUUACCACAUUGUAAUCGACUCUCUACCUCCGACCUCAAGGGCCAACUUGAAUCUGAAACAUGCUUGAAAGAGGAGAAAAGUGAUCACUCCACGAAACCAGCUCUGACUCCAUUCUUUGCAGAAAGCCAGAUAACUGAGUUGUCAGAUUCAGUAUCAGAUUUCAGUUUUCUUAAAUCAGAAUUGCCCUUGAACUUGAAACGCUGUAGAAAUCAAAAGUCAAGGAUGAAUGUGAGUAUUGCAACACAAAAAAUGAAGGGUAUUCCUCAAUCCCAGCUCUCCUUAAUUAAACCAAGAAGAACAGAAAUUGUUCAUCAUCCUAAUCCUUUUGCUGCCAAAAACACGUACUAUGAUGAACGUUGGAAGGAAAAACAAGAACUUUGUUUUACAAGAUGGCUAAACUUUGUUCUCACACCACCAGAAGGGCUUUCUUCCUCUGAACAGGUUGUUAAAGUGGAUGCUGCUAAGCUGUGGGUGGAGAGCGUGAGAGACACAACUUUAGUCCGAGCACCAACCAAGGAAGACAUGUCCUUAAAAGCUUACACUGCCGUGAGGCAGCUGAAUCGCCUUCGACGAGCAGCCUGUUUGCUUUACCAGUCAAGUCCAGUCAUUCUUGUAAUAUCUCGAUUAGAAGUGGAAAUAGAAACUGGAAGACUUAUCAUAAGAAAGGACAAAGCAUUACAUGCUGAUGUUGGCAUUAAACAAAACAUAUUGGACAUGCUGUUAUGCUAUAAUCCUCUCUGGUUGAGAAUAGGACUUGAGACCGUAUAUGGAGAAAUUAUCAACGUACAGUCAAAUGCUGAUGUGGUGGGGCUGUCUCGUUUUGUUGUACACCGUUUGUUGAGUAAUCCAGACAUAGCAGCCAAGUAUGCACACCCAAAAGUACCGCAUUUGUACAAGCCAGGUUAUGAGGAAGAACUUAAAAAGUUUACUCUCAAAAAGUUUUUACUCUUGGUUUACUUUCUUGACCAAGCAAAGCUUACUCGUCUCAUUGACCAUGACCCUUGCCUUUUCUGCAAAAAUGCACCAUUUAAGUCAAGUCGAGAUUUGCUUAUCAGCUUUUCCCGAGAUUAUCUUAGUGGUGAAGGAGAUGUUACACGCCACCUGAGACACUUAGGCUACACUGUUAGCCACCAUCAAAGAGCUUUGGAAGAGUUUGAUUUUGCUGUUACCAAUUUGGCUGUCGAUUUGAGAUGCGGUCUUAGACUGGUACGAGUGCUCGAACUCCUACUUCAGCAGUGGACCCUGUCUAAUCAAGUGAGAGUUCCAGCAAUCAGCAGGCUUCAGAAAAUUUAUAAUGUUGGAUUGGGGUUGCAAGCUCUCACCGAUUCUGGGAUGAUUCUUGAUGAGAGCAUCACUUCCCGAGAUAUCAUAGAUGGAAAUAGAGAAAAAACGCUCUUACUAUUGUGGCAGAUCAUUUUCAAAACACAGGUUGAGUGUUUGAUCAAAAAAGAAAAAAUGAGAGAAGAAAUACUGUAUCAUCAGAAAAGCCUAAGCACGAGAAACCAGUUAGCUUUGGCUCGAUUACAGAACCCAUCGAAAGUUACUGAGAAAAUAGCACAAACCAAAGAUGAUGAUGAGAAUGUUUUUAACAUGGAAAAUGAAAGCCUUGAUUUCCUUUUGAAGUGGUGCCAAGCUGUCUGUACGCAGUACAAUAUUCCGGUGGAGAACUUUACGGUAUCAUUCAGCGAUGGAAGAGCCUUGUGCUACCUGAUACAUCAUUACCAUCCUAAUGUACUGCAGGAAAAAGACAUCCGUCAGGAAACAUCGCAGAGUAUACUGCAGGUUCAGGAGGGACAGGACAGCACUACUUUAGAAGAUAGCUUUGAUGAGAAUUGGACAUUUUCAAUGGGGGCUGGUGGUACAAUGUCUCACAAGAUGGAAAAACUACUAGCCAAUGAAAGAGAGAAUCUAAAACUAGCAUUCGAUAAAAUGCAAGAGCUUGGAGGUAUUCCAAUUUUGACUAAACCAACAGAUAUGUCUAACACCAUUCCUGAUGAGAAAGUGGUCAUCACCCUGGUGACAUACCUUAGUGCACGACUGAUUGAUCUCAGCGAAGAAAUUCGUGCUGCCCGAAUCCUACAACUUGCAUGGAAGAGGAGACAAAUUAGGCAGGAAGAAGCGAAAAGGAAGGCCAAAAUCAAAGCUGCAACAGUUAUUCAGAGAGCUGUUCGCAAGUUUCUACACCGGCAACAACUGACCAAACGAAACAGGGCAGCAACCAUAAUCCAGUGUGCCUUUAAAUGUUUCGUAGCCAGGAAACAGUUGCAAAGCUUACAGCUAGAAAAACUAUACCAGCACCAACAGCUUAUGGCAGUUAUUAUUCAGGCUGCUUACAGAGGCUUCAGAACAAGAAAGGAAAUGAAGAGCAGAUCAGUUGCUGCCGUUACCUUACAGAAGUAUGUCCGCUGCUGGAAGGCGAGGAAAUCUUACUUGAAAUUAAAAUUGGCUGUUAAAACAAUCCAAAGCCAAUAUCAUGCCCACUUAAUAGGGUGUGCUCAGAGAAAAGAAUAUCUCUGUAUGAGGAGUUCUGUCAUCACCAUCCAAGCUCUUGUCCGUGGUUGGUUAACCAGGAAAAGGCUUGAAAGACAGCAACGGGCAGCUGUUGUCAUUCAAGCUGUGGUGAAAGGGUGGUUAGCUAGAAUGAAAUACCAUCAAAUCCGUGCCGCUGUUUGUAGACUUCAAAGUGUCAUCAGAGCCAGACUUCAAGGCCAGCAGUGUAGAAUGGCUUAUCUGAGAACUCGUCAUGCAGCAAUUGACAUACAACGAUGGUACAAGACAAAGAAAAUCCGACAAAGUUUUGUGGUCAAGAGAAAAGCUACAGUUAUACUGCAAGCACAUGUAAGAAGUUAUUUGAUGAAAACAUCCUUUAAAAAACAAAAAACGGCAGCAAUUUGUCUUCAGAAGUGGUGGAGAGACACUAAGACAGGACAGAAGGUUAGGCAGGAUUUUCUUGCCCUAAGAAAAAGUGUUGUCAUAUUACAAUCUCAUAUCAGGUCCUACCUUCUCCAAAAGAAGUACCUGACCCAGAAGUUGGCCGUAAUAAAGUUGCAGAGUUACUUUCGUAUGUUAAUGGCUAGGAAGAGUUUUAUUCGGGUGAGGCAUGCAGCAGUUGUUCUGCAGCAACAUAUUAAAGCCACGGUGGCAAGAAACAAAGACAGGCUGAAGUUCCUCAUACUCCGAAAACUAGUGGUUAAAGUACAAGCACAAGUUAGAAUGAAGAAAGCCAGAAAAGAAUUCCUGGCUUAUAGACAAGCUGCAGUGGUUUUGCAAGCCAGAAUGAAAGGUUUUAUUGCACGAAGGCAAUAUUUGUUGAUCAAGAAUUCUGUUAAGAGAAUAGAAGAUCGACGCAUUGCUACACUAAACUGUCGAAGAGAGAGAGAAAAGUAUCUUCUGAAAAGAAAUGCAGCAAUUCUCAUCCAAGCUACAUAUCGAGGAUACACUAAAAAGAGAGAUUACUGUAUGCAAAAGAAAGCUGCGACAAAAAUUCAAGCUUGUGUGCGAAUGUACCAACAAAGAUCACAGUACAUGGAACUUUGUUUGGUUAUCUACAAACUGCAAAAAAGAGUGCGUGCUUGGCAGUAUGGAAAGGAAAUUCGGAGGUAUUUCUUGAAUUUAAAACAAGCCACAAUCAUCCUGCAGGCACAGUUUAGAAUGAUUAAGGCCAGGAAAUGUUAUUUAGAGCUUCAGGCAGCUUCUAGAAAGAUCCAGAAGCUGGUACGAGGAUUUCUAGUCAGAAAAAGGUUUAGACAUUUAAAACAAGCCACUCUUGUACUCCAGAAAAGGUACAGAGCCAAGAAACUAGCCAAGGUUUAUCGUAGACGUUAUUUAAUUGUUCGAGGAGCUACUAUCGCUCUGCAAGCUGGAGUCCGUGGCUGGAGGGUCCGGAAAGAAAUCGAAAUUCAGUCUUGUGCAUGUGUUUUGAUCCAAGCUCAGUAUAGAAUGUUUCGGCAGAGAAGUGAUUAUCUGUUAAUGCGAAGGUCAGCAGUGAUAAUCCAGCGUCGUUACCGUGCUUGGAGUUUGGGGAAAAGAACCAUAUUACAGUACCAUAUCACUAAGGGAGCUAUUCUAACAAUACAGGCCUGGGUUCGUGGGUGGAUAUGUAGACGCUUACUGCAGAAGUACUGCAAUAAUAUUGUGACAGUGCAAGCAUGCAUCAGACAAUAUUUGGUUAGGAAAAAUUACAUUCAACUGAAGCAAGUAGUCAUCACCCUACAAAGACGAUACAGAGCUGUCAAGGCUGGUAGGUCAGCAAAACAAGAAUUUCACAGGGUUAAAACUGCAGUCGUUACAAUUCAAGCAGCUUACCGAGGCUGGAGAGUUCGGCAAGAAGUCCGUCAGUGGCACUUUGCUGCUACAAGAAUUCAGGCUUGCUUCAGAAGAUACUUAGAUCGCAAGUCUUUCCUUAAACUUAAACAAGCAGUAGUAGUUUUACAGAAAUUUAUCAAAGCAUAUUUGAUGGGACAGAAAGAUAAAGCUUUCUACUUGAGCUUGAAAAAUUCUGUGAUAACAAUCCAGGCAGCAUAUAGGGGUUGGAAGCUUCGAUCAACAUUGAAACAAAAACGUGAUGGUGCCAUAACAAUUCAAGCUUUUUAUAGAGGACAUCAAGAGAGAAAGAGAUACAUUGCAAAAAAAAGAGCGAUCAUGAUACUCCAAACUAAUAUCAGAGCUUUUCUGAAUGGAAGAAGGGAAUUAGAACAUUACUUAGUAAUGAAGAAAGCUGUAUUAGUAAUCCAGAGCUCUUGGCGAGGGUACCAGGUAAGACAGCGCCUGAAGAAAGAACACCAUGCAGCUGUAAUCAUUCAGAGAUGCAUCAGGGGAUCUCUUGCCAGAAAGGACUUUCAGAGAAGAAAAAGAUUGUUCAUCAGGAUUCAAAAGCUUGUGACUGUCGUUACAAUCGUCCAGAAACUCAAAAAGAAAAUUCUGAGGAAGAGGCAAGCUGCCACAUUGGUACAGGCUUGGUUUAAGGGAUACUUAGUCAGAAACAAAUUGCAAGAACAUAAGGCUUCCAUUAUAAUUCAGUCCUACAUGAAAAUGUUUGUAGCAAGACACAAGUUUCUUGAAAUCAGGGCUGCUUGUGUUACUUUACAAAAGUAUGUCCGUGGAAUGAGAAAGAGAGAGGAAUUUUUACAGAUGUAUCGUGCAGUUAUAUUUAUUCAGCAGAAGUUUAAAGCAAAGCUCUCUGGACGAGCUGAGUAUAGAAAGUACCACUUGUUACGUAAUGCAUCCAUUAGGGUGCAGGCUUGUUGGCGAGGCUACCUUGUGAGGAAAACACUUGGUCGUAAUCGUCAGGCUGCUACCAAACUACAGGCUGCAUAUAGGACAUAUAGGGCAAGAAAACAAUUCCUUCAGUUGAAAAAGGCAACAAUACUUCUUCAACAAAGAUGGAAAGCCAAGUUACAAUGCAGGUUGCAUCAUCAGCGAUUCUUGCAAGUUCGUCAGAGUGUCGUGAUUAUUCAAAGUGCUUACAGAGGCUACGUGGCAAGGAGAAUUACAAAAACCGUGACUUCUGCACGUAUCAUUCAGUCAGUCGUACGCUGUGUCAUGGUGCGAAAGAAAUUCUUACUAAUGAGAUCCUCGGCAGUGAAGUUACAGUCUUGGUACCGUAUGGUACUGACUCGGGGAAAAUACCAAAAGAAGCUCAGGGCAAUAUAUCAAAUUCAGAAAUACUUUCGAAGCUGGUUGUUAGCAAAAGAAGUCAGAAAAAGCUAUCUUGAGUUUCGAAGGAGUGUGGUGAUCAUUCAAGCAUGCUUCAGAGGAAGAAAAUACAGAAAAAGAUUUCAAGUUGUUAGAAAUCAUGUGGUUUAUAUUCAAGCCUCUUAUCGAGGGCAAAAACAAAGACAGCAUUUCCUUCUCCAGAGACAAGCUGUUAUUGUAAUUCAGCGUUGGUUUCGGGGAAUACUUGAGAAUAGAACACAAAAGAUUAGGUUUGAAAGAUUACGAACCAACACAGUAAAGCUUCAGGCAGCUACAAGAGGUUGGUUGGUACGCCGACAAGUUACAAGGCUAAAAGCAGCCAUUAAGAUUCAGAGAUGGUACCAAAGAGCUCUGAUCAGAAAACGCUGUCUAAAAACCUGUCAGCUAGUGUUACUACUUCAGGCCAGGGCACGUGGCUGGUUGCAACGCCAGCAUUUUCUUCGGAUGAAGCAGCAGCACGAGAUUACAGUAAAACUACAAGCAGCUGCUCGUGGUUUCUUGGCUCGAAAACACCUGGACGCUUUAUACGUUGCAAGAGCUGUCAAAGUUGAAUGUUUUGUUACCAUGGUAUUACAUCAUCUCUCGGCUAUACGAAUUCAAAGAUUUUAUCGGCGAAUAUUAACCUUCAGGCUGGCCAAGAAACAACUGAAUGCAGUCAUUAUUAUUCAGAGGUGGAUGAGGGGAUGCUUGCAGAGACUGUGGUUUUUACGGCUGCGACAGAACUUAAUACUGUUCCAGAGAACUGCCCGUAGUUAUCUUCUUAAGCAAGGAAAGGCGGCAUCUAUAAUACAGACACAAGUGCGUUUGUGGUUGGUUCGUAGGAGGUUAGCAAAGCAGCACGAUUCAGCUACAGUUCUACAGGCUGCUUGGCGAGGGCACCUACAGCGAUGCAAACUUAAGAGUCGUCAACUGAAAACGAUAAGAGACAGGCUGAAAACUGCUAAUGCAAAUGCUACCGAAGAUAAGAAAUUAUGUAAUCGAACAGCUUCAGCUUUAGAUUUCUUAUUACGUUGCCGAAACCUAUCUUACAUCUUGUCUGCACUAAUGCAUUUAGAUGUUGUUACACGACUCUCAGCAUCUUGUUGUGAGAAGAUAGCAGAAGGAAGUGCCGUAGAAAUCCUCUUCCAGCUGAUACGGAGCUGUAAUCGAAGUUUGCCUCACAUGGAGUUGAUUAAAUACUCCACAAACAUCUUGCUGAAUCUAGCUAAGUAUGAUAAAACGGUGGAUUCUGUAUGGACAGUGAUUGGUUCCCUGGAUACUCUCUUGGACCUCAUGCGAAUCUACAGAGAGAAGGGUGAAGCCAUUUUCUCGAAAGUCUGUACGCUGUUGUGGAUCUUCUUCCAGGAUCCUGAGAAAGCCUCGGUGAUGAAAUCUAAUAAGAAUGUGAUUGACAAGAUAAAAAGCCUCCAUUAUCUUACCUGUCGACGUCACAAGAUGGAAGAGGAAAGGAAAAUAACAAAAGCUCGAUUGUCCACCACACUAUCAUCUUCAUUCCUGUCAUCUUCCGUGUGUUCCAAGAGCAUGGUUUCCAGUAUAUCUGUCUGCAUUCCCCACGUCAUCAAACAACAGCCACAAAUCCAACCAGACUGGAUCCUGGGGCACAAACACAUGCGGGAAUUUACUGACCCAGUAGAUGCCAUUGUUGCAGUAAUGAACACGUUGAAGAACUCCAAACAUUAAUAAUACCAUUUCUUUCUUGUGCAUUCUUAAACACAUGCGGGAAUUUACUGACCCAGUAGAUGCCAUUGUUGCAGUAACGAACACGUUGAAGAACUC